AUGCUGAUUCUGCAGCGGGCGUGCGAUGUCUGUCGGAGGAAGAAGAUCAAGUGUGAUGGCCCGAUGAAUAGCCAGAGCACGAGCAAAUGUGCGCACUGCCACGAGUACGGCAAGGAGUGCACCUACGUCGAGGCUGCCAAGCGACGAGGACCGCCGAAGGGGUAUGUCGAAGCGCUGGAGCAGCGAUGUGGGCGUCUAGAGCGGCUCUUUCAGCAGCUCCAUCCCGGCGUCGACCUGACAGAACACAUCGGCCCCGCUCUCGAUAGGGACGACUUUGAACAAUCGACCUAUCUGGAAUCGCUCAAAUCCCUCCAUAUCCCUGCCUAUCCCCAGAUGAAACCCCUCACUGCGGCCCUCUCCAAAUCGUCCUCCAACACCCACGCCCAGCCCUCACCCUCCUCCUCCAUUUCCAGCCCCGCGGCCGGUCCGCCGUCCGUCGCUUCCACCGUCCUCGGUCCUGCCCCAUGGCAGACAUAUGAGCGGGAUCCCUCUCGCCCGCCGGACGAUGAGGAGGGCAAUUGCGGGAUGGACGCAGCGGAGCACGCACAAGUCGCCGAGGCGAUGAACCGCCUGGACAUUCACGACGGGUCCUGGCGGUUCCAUGGAAAGUCGUCCCUCGCGCACCUCCUCCGCCUUUUCAACACGCUCAAGUACAAGCAAGACGCUGGCCCUACGGCGUUCCUCGAGCGGGUCGCGCAUAUCAAGCGGCAAGAGUACUGGCAAGUCCCCGAGUGGGAGGUGGUCGUCGCGAACGAGGGUGUACGGCCGGUCGACUACUCUAUCUGGCCCGCACCAGGCUUCGACAGGCGUCUCAUCGACACCUACUUUGACAAAGUCAACACCUACCUCCCCCUCCUCAACAAGAUCAUCUUUAUGCGGCAGUACGACGCCGGAUCGUACAAGACCAGCCACGGGUUCGCCAAGGUCUGCCUGAUGGUCUUUGCCAAUGGAGCGCGCUUCGUCGACGAUGACGAGCGCGUCUUCUGGCCGCGGGAUUGGGCCAUGUCGGAGGAGGGCAAGGAGCGCUUAAAGUCAGAUGCGGACGGGACGAUCCGGUACUCUGGCGGCUGGAUCUACAUGCGGGCCAUCAUGCGCAUGGGCCGGAGUAUCGCACAGGGACCCAACCUGUACGAUUUCCAGACACAGGUGCUCUUCUGCGCGUUCCUCCAGGGCGCGGCGGUCCCGCAUCUCAUGUGGGUCUUGUCGGGCCUGGGAUUACGGUCCGCCCAGGAGAUAGGUAUCCACGUUCGAUCCACCCUCCUACUCGCCAACCCGAUCGAGCGGGCGCUGUACAAUCGCGCGUUUUGGUGCUUGUACCAUAUCGACCGGGUCAACUGCGCCGCCAUCGGCCGAUCGGUCGCUCUGCAGGACACGGACUUUGACGCCGAUUAUCCGAUACCGGUGGAUGACGAGUACUGGUCGACGGGCGAUCCAGAGGCCGACUUUGUCCAGCCGGAGAGGGCGGGCAUACCGAAGGUGGCGGCAUUCGUCCAUAUGCUCAAGCUGGAUCAUGUGCUGGGAGCCGCCCUGCGUACUAUCUACGCCAUCAACAAGCUGCCGGAGCACCAUGCGGAUACCGUCUCGCAGCGCGCCGUCGUGGUCGAGCUCGACUCGGCCUUGAAUGCGUGGGCGGAUUCGGUGCCUGACGGACUCCGGUGGGAUCCUACACGGGCAGACCAGACGCUCUUCGAGCAGUCGGCGAUGCUGUACUCGCAAUACUACUUUUGCCAAAUCCUUAUACACCGUCCAUUCAUCCCCACUCCUGCCAAGCUGGAAACAAUCGGUCUUCCCUCCCUCGCCAUCUGCUCCAACGCCGCACGGAGUAUCGCCAACAUCCUCGACGCGCUCCUCCGCCGUGGAAGACGGUUCGGCGCUUUACCUGGUCAAGCGGUCAAUAUCCACUUUUUACUCCCUGCGUGGACAGCAGCGGUCAUUCUCCUCGUAUCGAUCUAUUCAGCCAAGCAGCAAAAGGCGGACAGGGAGCGCGCGAUGCUGGAUGUCAGGAGGUGUAUUGCAGCCACCAAGGAGAUGGAGAUGACGUGGAGGCAGGCGGGCAAGCUGACGGAUGUGCUCACUGAGCUGGCGAGUGAG